UCGCCGCACCUUCGCCGGGUGGAGCCUGUGAGCGUGGGAAGGUCUGUGUCCGCGGCUGGAGAGCGUUUGACAGGGAGGAGAGCCGAGCUGGGACCGGGAAUACAGAAGUUACUUUAACCUUAUGAAGAUAAUGUGUGAGCGGAGAGACUCGGCACAGCUCCACCAAUGAUCUGUGCCACACUCAGCAACAGGGCGCACAGGGACAUGUCAGGGACCGUGUCUCUCACACCGUGUCUCUGAGACCACGGACGCGCCACUAGUCACCGCAACGCGGAAAAUAAAGAGAGGAAGAGAAUGCGAAUGGUGCGAAGACACCGAAAUCAACACGAAUGGAAACGAUGUAGCGAUGCGGCACUUGGUGUAGCUAGAACUAACGCUAGAGUAGAAAAGAGAUAGCCACGGCGCUAGCACAAACUAACAUACAUGUAAAGUUAUUUCCAGGCAGGCUGGAGCACAGGCUCAGGGCGGCUGUGACACGGAAGAGUUCAUCUGUAGAGAGAAGAAGAUAAACGAAAAGAUGCUCCGGAGAAGGCUGAACCGUCUGCUUGGAGGUGAUGAGAGAAGAGUGGACAGCAGGACUGUUUAUGUGGGUCAUCGCUCAAGUCCAGACAGUGAGGGGUUCAUCCCGCCAAAGUUUUGUGAUAACAGAAUUGUGUCCUCCAAGUAUACAGUGUGGAACUUUCUACCAAAGAACCUUUUUGAACAAUUCAGAAGAAUCGCCAAUUUCUACUUUCUUAUCAUCUUCCUGGUUCAGGUGAUAGUGGACACACCCACCAGCCCAGUCACCAGUGGCCUACCCUUAUUUUUUGUCAUAACAGUUACUGCUAUAAAGCAGGGGUAUGAAGACUGGCUUCGACACAAGGCUGAUAAUGAAGUUAAUAAGUAUCUUGUAACUGUGCUAGAAGAUGGCCAAAGAAUACGAAAAGAGAGUGAAAAGAUAAAGGUGGGAGAUGUGGUAGAAGUGGAGGAAGAUGAGACCUUUCCCUGUGAUCUAAUUCUGCUACAGUCUAGUCGUGAUGAUGACACAUGUUUUGUUACCACUGCAAGUCUGGAUGGAGAGUCCAACCAUAAAACACACUACACAGUGCCAGACACCGAGAAGGAUCUGGAAUCUCUCAGCGCCACCAUCGAGUGUGAACAGCCUCAGCCUGACCUUUACAAAUUUGUUGGCCGCAUGCAUAUUUAUAAGAACAAUCAGGAGCCUAUAGUGAGGUCACUGGGUCCAGAAAAUCUAUUGCUGAAAGGUGCAACUUUAAAGAAUACUCAGAAAAUCUGUGGUGUAGCAGUUUACACAGGUAUGGAAACAAAAAUGGCUCUCAACUAUCAAGGAAAAUCUCAAAAGCGUUCCGUUGUGGAGAAGUCCAUCAAUGCCUUCCUUUUGGUUUACCUUUGUAUACUGGUGAGCAAGGCUCUUGUUUGCACAACACUCAAGUAUGUGUGGCAGGGCAAGCCUGGACAGGAUGAGCCCUGGUACAACGAGAAAACCCAAAGAGAGAAGGACACCAAUUUGUACCUGAAAAUGUUCACGGACUUCCUGUCCUUCAUGGUGCUCUUCAACUUCAUUAUCCCUGUGUCUAUGUAUGUGACGGUGGAGAUGCAGAAGUUUCUGGGAUCUUUUUUCAUUACAUGGGACAAAGAUUUCUUUGACAAUGAAAUAAAAGAAGGAGCAUUGGUUAAUACAUCAGACCUCAAUGAGGAGCUUGGGCAGGUGGAGUAUGUCUUCACAGACAAGACCGGUACCCUUACUCAGAAUAAUAUGGAGUUCAUAGAGUGCUGCAUAGAUGGCUUCCAGUACAAGCAUCGGGAUGCAAGUUCGGAGCUGGAUGGCUUCUGUGUCACAGACGGACCUGUGAGCAAACUACAGCAGAAAGCUGGCAGGGAGAAGGAGGAGCUAUUUCUGCGUGCGCUCUGCCUGUGUCACACAGUUCAGGUGAAAGAGUCCACAGAGCCAUGUCUUGAUCAGGUGGAUGGUCUGAAUAACCAGGUGGACGGUUUGGGAAUAGAUGGAGACGGUUUGGGAAUAGAUGGAGCGCUGUCGCACCUGGAGGAGCAGAGAGGCUUUAUCGCCUCCUCUCCUGAUGAGAUCGCUCUGGUGAAGGGGGCCAUGAGAUACGGCUUUACAUUUCUCGGUCUAGAGAGCAAAACAAUGAAAAUACUAAAUAGGAACAAUGAUGUAGAAAGGUAUGAACUACUUCAUGUGUUGAACUUUGACCCAGUGAGGAGACGGAUGAGUGUAAUAGUCCGAUCAUCUUCAGGUGACACACUGCUUUUCUGCAAAGGAGCAGACUCUUCCAUUUUUCCUCGUGUCAGGCAGGAGGAAGUUGAGAGGAUACGUCUGCAUGUGGAGCGCAAUGCUACAGAAGGAUACCGCACCCUUUGCGUGGCCUACAAGCUCCUGAGUGCAGGAGAGUAUGCUCAGGCAGAUGCAGGACUGAGAGAGGCCAGGUUAGCCCUGCAGGACAGAGAGGAGAAGCUCAUGGCUGUGUACAACCAGGUGGAGACUGGGAUGAGUCUAAUAGGAGCCACCGCAGUUGAAGACCGCUUACAAGAGGAAGCAGCAGAGACAAUGGAGGCUCUGCAGGGUGCAGGCAUGAAAGUUUGGGUCUUAACAGGAGACAAAAUGGAGACGGCCAAGUCCACCUGUUAUGCAUGCCGCCUCUUUCAGAAGAGCACAGAGCUCUUGGAGCUUACAGUGCGAACGCUGGAUGAUGAAAACAGAAGGCGUGAGGAGAAACUUCAUGACCUGCUGCUGGACUACCAUAAAAAAGCUGUUCAAGAUGCACCACCAGUCAAAGAGGGCGUCACCAGGAGCUGGUCUUCUAGUCAAGACUAUGGUUUUAUUGUUGACGGGGCAUCUUUAUCAAUGAUUCUGAACUCUUCAUCUGACUCUAGCAACAGUCGCUACAAGAACCUAUUUCUGCAGAUUUGCCAAAACUGUACAGCUGUGCUUUGCUGCCGUAUGGCUCCUUUACAGAAAGCACAGAUUGUGAAAAUGGUGAAAAACUCCAAGGGGAGCCCAAUUACACUCUCCAUUGGUGAUGGUGCAAAUGAUGUCAGCAUGAUUUUGGAAGCCCACGUUGGCAUUGGCAUUAAGGGGAAAGAGGGUCGACAGGCUGUAAGAAACAGUGAUUAUGCCAUUCCCAAAUUAAAGCACCUUAAGAAGCUUCUUCUUGCUCAUGGUCAUCUUUAUUACGUUCGCAUCGCCCAUUUGGUGCAGUACUUUUUUUACAAGAACCUUUGUUUCAUUUUACCUCAGUUUUUGUACCAGUUUUUCUGUGGCUAUUCGCAGCAGCCCUUGUAUGAUGCAGCCUAUUUGACGAUGUACAACAUAUGCUUCACUUCUAUGCCCAUCCUGGCCUACAGCCUGUUAGAGCAACACAUCUGCAUUGAGGUCCUGUUGGACAAUGCUACCCUCUACAGAGAGAUUGCCAAAAAUGCCAUGUUGCGUUGGAGGCCCUUCCUAUACUGGACAGUUUUGGGACUGUUUCAUGGGCUUCUCUUCUUCUUUGGUGUUUGGUAUUUGUUUUAUAACCCAGCGCUGCAGGAUAAUGGGCAGGUUUUUGGGAACUGGUCUUAUGGGACUAUUGUUUUCACUGUGCUUGUUUUCACUGUUACAUUAAAGCUUGCUCUGGACACCCGACAUUGGACAUGGAUCAACCACUUUGUCAUUUGGGGCUCCUUGGCAUUCUAUGUGUUUUUUAGCUUCUUCUGGGGAGGGAUUAUAUGGCCCUUCCUGAGCCAGCAGCGCCUGUACUUUGUGUUUGCAAACAUGUUAAGUUCGGUCUCGGCCUGGCUGGUCAUCAUCCUGCUGAUCCUGCUCAGCCUCCUGCCUGAGAUCCUGCUGGUAGUUUUCCGGAAGCCCCGUGGACCCCACUCACGACAGAAAGAACUGGUUGAUUCCAGAGUGGGGGGGCUGCAGUCGCCCCGGUCCUCGGCCCGGCCCCUGCUCAUGAGAACCUUUUCAGAUGAGUCCAGUACUGUCAUUUAAACAGAUUGCACCUGUCACGCCACUCUCCUACAAGUGUCUGAAAGAGGGCGAGUGAGCCACAGCGGCCUGCUAGAGGAAGAGACCCAACAGAAAAACACAAAGACUUUCCCGGAUCAGGGGAAAAUGAAAGUGGCAGCAGACGAGCUCUGUUGCACCUGCUUUUGUCCGUCCUCUUUUUUAAAAGCAUGCCCUGGACUUUUAAAAGGCUACAAGAUAAUGGGCAUGACAUUUUUUUACUCUACUUAUUUAAUUGUAUUCAAGCAACAAUCUGAAUGCAAACACGACUGCCUUGAUAGUUGUCCUGUUCAACUGCUCUAAGUUAACAAGCGGUUGUAAAAUCUCCACAAUGGUUCACAUGCAUGGAUGAUGGCCCAAAAGAACGCUACACCUCACUGAUGCUCAGGCACCAAAUUGCUUUAGCUUUACAGUCUUAUUUUUUUUACUUUCAAUCAUAACUCAGUUUUAACAAAUACACUUCAAAGACAUUGUGCAAAGUGAAAUGUUACUUCGUAGAACCAGUAAGAAUUUCGUUUUCUAAGUUACUGUUCGCACUCUUGAUAUAAAGAUAUAGAUGUGAUUAUAUUUGCCUAAUCUACAACAUUUGUUUGAAUGCAGGAUAUUUGAUCUCUUUGGCAAUAGUACAUUGCUUGAGUUUUUCGUCAUUCUCAGAGGAUUUAAAGUUAAGAAUUUAAUAUAUGUGCCAUAGAACGUAUAUUUAUUUAUAAAUUAUUUGUUUAAUUUAAUAAGCUCAAGGCCAAAUAUAUUACAUCGGGCACCAGUGCAGACACUGUCAUUUUGAGUUUAUUGUUUUAGAUUCGCUGGUUAACUAGAAAUAAAAUGAAACCAGGACAACUUGCACUAUUCAAAAAAAUGGUUUCCUUCAUUGCGUGAUUUGCCACAUAGUUGUUGGCCUGAGCACAUCACAUGUGUCAGUACCACAGAUAUAUUUAAAGAAAUGCACAUGUGCACUGAAGUCAAAUGAGGUAUUAUUAUUCUGUUCAUAUUGUUCACUGAAGCAGGGUUUAGAUGCAGACCUGCAGUAGUUGAAGCCACUGUGAGGCUUUUCUCCAGACUGGAGUAUCAGGCCUUUGUGUGUCAUCAUUAUAUUAUAUGUACUGCUUUAAACAUUCCAUUUACACAUGCCAUGAUAUCAAAUAUUUACCAACUUUUAUUUAAUAAACAUUUUAUGAUUUGAUGUAAUUUUUGCUGAAGUGAUACUUUACUUACAUGUAACAACAACAGAACAUUUAUCUAUUAUACAUGUGUCUAUUAUUGCUUUGUGCCAGUUCACUGUGGUUUGAGCUUGUCCCAUUAUUCUGCUAUUCACAACAAACAGGCAGUCCCUGUUUUUGUGUGUUUAUAUAAUUCCUGUUUUUUCAGAAAUGUUUUAGCCCUCCCACAGAUUUCAUUCUUACAUUCUGUUUGCCCUGACAUCAGAUCACACAGGAUGUCACCAGUGACUAGAUCAAUAUGACCAUUAUUAACUGUUGCAUAGUCAGUUCAGACAGCACUGUGCAGAGGAGAGGGGCUGCCUGCUUUUUAGAGAUUGACAAACCUUUAAGUGACAUCAGAGAUGCUAUUUUCAGAGUGUAACCUCUAUUUAAUUGUAAUGUUUUGCUUGUUAAAUUGAAAAAAACAAAA